AUGACCUCGGACAACUGCACCUGCCCGCUGGCAGACUAUCAGAUUAUGGUCGCCGAUAAUGGGAAGCCUACUGACACCAUGACUAACAUAGCUAAAGCGCUUGGAUAUAGUAUCCGAGGCCGCAAGAACGAGCCUGAGCUUGCUAAAAUUGUCAGGGCAUAUCCGUCACGUUUCACGUCGAGGGCUGGCAUCUCAGGACAUCAACUCCUCAAGUGGAGUAGCAAUCUUCACCAGCAGGGUCUAGCUGAGAUGACACACAAGUUUCUCUGCACGGAUGGAAAUGGGCCUCGUUUUUGGCCUGAUGGACAUGGCGAUGAUCGGCUAAGAUAUUCGGAGCAUCGCGAUGAAAUCUUUGAAGAAAUGUUCCGGUUGUUCUUCACGAUCAAUCAGUACCAGAAACCCAAGAAAACCCGCCUCAAGCGCUCGCGUAGGGACUUGGAGGACCAUGAACCACUCCUCAAUCCGGACUCAGUGCUAGGGCGGCCGCCUAUUAGACAGGUGCCAAUAAGAGGAGAAAUGCCGCAGCGUCCAACAAAGAGCCCAGAUCACUUUGAUGAGAUUUUCCGGGAUCAGAGCAGACCCCCAAACAACCCUCGUCGUAGAGUCAACCCACAGCGAGCUCCUCAUAGCAACGUGGUAUUCAAUGCGUUCCCCGCCGGUGGUCAGAGUCGGGCCUCUGCAGGUCCGUCUCGUAGGGAACAAGGCACCACUCAUGAGCGCGCCGAGAGACCUAGAGACCCAGAGAAUGCCACCAUGGCUGAUGCGCCGACUCAGUCAAACGUAGAAAUGGAUAACACGACUCACAAUGGAGCAGGUAACGGACCCCCACAGCCGGUGAACAUAGAAAAAACAUCAGAGGUGCCAAGAGAACCAGAAGACCAAGAGGGCGCGGGCUAUGACAAUAGAGCCUUCUGGCCAUCGUCAGGACAAUCGCGAGAAGUACCGCAGAGUCGCCAAGGACUAAUGCGAGGCUCCCCCGAACCAGAUGCUCAACCUGUCGAGGAACCAGCACCACCUAGGCCAGAGCCUAAGACCAAUCCUCUCCAAGCGCCUGCAACGCCUGCAGUUAUUCACGGUGUCCACCUCAUUAUCAGUGUUCAGACCUUCCCAUGGCUGAAUGAGAUAUGGCAUCCCGACAGAUACUUUUUCCGUUACACGCUCAAGACCUUGAUCGAGGAACUGCCCUGGCAGGGAGAGUUCUACAGAGUGAUUAUGCUUCUGGAGUUCCCAGACGGUGUGAUCAUUGAAGACGUGCAAAGAGAUGACGAGAUGGCAUUUAGGAUCCUCUUGGCAAGAUUUGAACAAAAGAUUGAAACGUUGAGAAUGUGCUAUGCCGCCCUGGAUAGAGAUGUUGUUCUCGAGGUUUGCCUGGAGCCGAUGAGCCGUUACCAUGAACCCAGUGAACGAGUACAGGCUUUGGUCAGGAGGCACAUGCGAUAG